GGGGUGAGCGCUUCCUGCACACGUGAAUGUUGGGUCAGAAUUUUGGUACUGUAGCUGCUGCAAACUUGGUGUCUGAAGAAGGUGGGAAGAAAUCAUGCCCUCUGCCUCGUCUAAACCCCGACCAGGCUCGCCACAGGAGCAUCAAAAUGCUCUCCAGCAAGUCCUGAACAUUGUGGAGAAGAAAGUCCGCAAUUUGGAGAAGCGAAAGCAAAAACUGGAUGGAUAUAGAGAACUGUCCAAGAAAGGAGAAGAGCUGAACAAGGACCAGCUGGAAGCUGCCGCGAAGUAUGAUGAGGUUGUGCAGUGUCUGGAGCUGACUAAUGACUUCAUGAAGCAGUUCCUGACUAUCAACGCUGAGACCCAGAAGUUGGUGAAGAAGGCGGAGAAGCGCCAGCUGCUGGCUCAGCGGGAGGUGGAGCUCAAGAGAGUGCAGGACCUACUGGAGAUUCAGCACGUGCUGGACCUGCUGGGCACCGACGCCGUUCGCGACGACUUCAAACAGGGCAAGCCUGGCGCCGUGCCCCUGACGGAGGCCCAGCUGACACAGCUGGACGAGCUGUACAAGGUCAUUAACCCUGAGACAGAGGAAGGCACCAGUUUCUGCAGCCAGCAGGCAGACGCCAGUGAGCAUGUCCUGUGUCUUCUGGACGCUCGUGACAAGGAGAUAGCAGGCACCACAUACAAAGACUUGCGGGAAUUGCUCCAGGAAGUCGUGAACUGCCCGUACUGGGACAAGAUGCACGCCCAGCCCGAGCCAGCCGCCGAGAACGGGCCGCCCCAAGAUGAACAACAGGAGGAAGAAGAAGAAGAGGUGGAAGAGGAGGCUCCACCUCAGCAGGUGCCUCAGCAGGAGGAGUUUGUUGCCGUGGAGACGGAGGACAUCACCACUGUGGAAGAGACUGAGGUGCUCAAAACUUCCCUGGUCUUUGAGCGCCGGGUGCAGGAACCCCUGGCCCCCGAGCCUCCCCAGGAGCCCCUGGUGCCCAACCAGACGUCGGCGUCCAUGGCGGACUCCAUGUUCGCCAUGACGGCGGCCCAGCAGGCGAUGGUGGUGCGGCCGCAGCGCUCGCUGGACGAGGUUCUGGCAACGGUGCAGGGCAGCUUCAACUUCAUGCAGGAGUCGCUGAUCGACAGGGAAACCCCGACCCAUAGUAUGGACCCAGCUGUGGUCGCCGCCCAGCCAAGUAUGUCGGGACCCCCUAAACCUAUCACUCCGCCCCCUUCUGUACAACAGAAAGAACAAUCCCAGCAGACAGGCUACCCCCAGCAGGCCCCGGCACAGGUACCACAGGCCCCCAGGACGAUCACACCGCCCCCUACAGCUACUACCACACAAACACAGACCAACCAGACACUGUACGGCCAGUCAUACACGGGGAACGCCCAGCUUGGACAGACAGCAAAUAACCAGUACAGCAGCAACUCGUACGGACAAUCCAGCUCCCAGUACAACACUCAGAACUCUCAGUACAACUCCCAACAGAGCCAGUACGGCAGCAGCACAGCAAACUCACAAUACAGCAGUCAGCAAACGUCCAGCAACUACCAGACCAGCUCCAGCACACAAUACGGCAGCCAGGCGGUGGCGGGCACGCAGUACGGAGGACAGUCCGGACUCUCGCAAAUGUCGAACCAACAGUACAACUCUCAGCAGUGGGGCGUGGACACGGGUUCGCACGCGGAGCAGUCCCUCAGUAAGCUUGGUUCCUCCUCGCUGGGCUCUCAGUCGCAGAGCCUGUCAGACCAUUCCUUAGGAAACAUAGGCUCCAGCUACAACCCCCCUCCCACCAUUCCCCUUCCCAACGACCAGUCCACCAUGCAAACCUCUCAGAGCUACGGACUCCAGGACUCCUCUCAGACUGGCCAGUUGUCGUACACGGGACACGAGGCGUCCAAAAUGGCAGCGCUGAACGAUAACAACAGGAUUCCCCUGCCCAGCGAGACGCCCACCAUACCCAUGCCCAAUCAGAACGAUGUACAGGUACCAAAGUCAUCAGCAGGCACCAAUGUGAACGCAGCGCCAUUUCAGUCAACGAUGGCGUCAUACUCGAUGCAGGGUGGUGAGAACCCGCAGCAGAUGUCCCCGCCCCAGAGCCAACAGUACCCUUCACAGACGGAACAAUAUGGCGACGCUACAGUCACCACCGGAGACUCCGGAGGUUUCCAGCAGUCUGGCCUCAUGACGUCCCAACAGCACUUCCGCAACCAGCCCUUCCAGAACAGAGGGGGCCGGGGCGGUCGUGGGGGCCGGGGAAACAGCGCAUCCUUCAGGGGACGCGGGGGUAUGAACGGGAGAGGAAACGCACGCUUCAACAGCGCUUUCACAGGUUUCUACCAGAACUCCAACCCUGGGUACCAGGGUGGUUUCAGAGGUGACCAGACGUUUCCCAACACAUACGGACAGGACCAGCAGAGGAGCUACACUAGGGCACAGGAUGGUUUCCCCAGGGGAGGCAGGGGCGGCAUCGGCCCUCGUGGAGCCCCCAGGGGAGCCAUCGCUGUCGGCGGUCGCGGCGGGAUGCGGGGCAUGGGAUCCCCGCGAGGCGGACGCGGAGGCUUCAACAAGCCGCCAUCCUCCCAGCCAGGUGCAGCCUCCCCUCCCCAGCCACAGGCAGUGGCAUAGUCCAUCCACCACCACCACACCCAUCAUGAACUGACCAAUGACGAUCAAGCUCUCUCCAAUACUGACCAAUAACAUGUAGUGUAGCAGACUUGAUUAAUGCAAACAUAUACUGUACUGAGGGGUAGUCCUUUGUUUGGCUCAGGUAAAAACAAGUGGGCAUAGAAGACACAAUUUUUGCUGACCAUUUGGAGUUUUACAGUGAGACAGAAAAGAUGACCAUGCCCUCUUAAAUAGAACUAUCCGUAAGUAAAUAGGUUCAGGUGCUUUUGAUCCCAUGGUACCGGUACUUGAGAAGUGUCUUUUACCAUGUUCUCUGACAGUUUAUACUAAACUCCCUCUCGCAAAGUAACAAUGUCAUAGACUAUUAUUUCAGUAUGUCAAUCAUCCUGAAAGUUUAUAUACCACUGCGAAGGUUGAAGUCAGCAAAAUCUUAGCAUGUGCGAAAAUGUCAGAGAACAUGGAAGUCACAAAGUAUGGAAAAGGUAUUGUUGCUUUUAGUAUCCACAUUACAAAAUGACAUGCCUGCUUUGUACAAAUUAUCGCUAUACCGGGAUGGUUAUACAGAAGGGAUGGUUUCAAAAGCUCCUGAUACCUAUAGAUGUAUUUAAUUCUAAUCCAGACACUUCAGAGGAAGCAGUUGAAUAAUUUGUUGAACCUUUUUUUCUUCCUCCCUUUUGUUGAAUUUCUAUUUUUUAAGUUUCUGUUCAGCGGAAGGUUGGAUGUGUUUCUGCCGUUUGCACCUUUGUUUUAGAGCUGAACCUGUAACACGUAUGUCUUUUGAGAGACAUGUCAUCGUCUUAAAAAGAUACGAUGCUCCGCCAUUGAGGUGUCUCUAAAAACUUACCAACUCAUUUUGUUAAAUGUAUGUACGAGAACACUGAAAGGGGGAAAUGAAGAGCAUGCAUGGCCACUCAUAAUGUGGAGACACAUAUUGUUGGCUGGGGCAUAUUUGUGACCACCAUCUGACACCAAGUAAAAGAAAAAAACUGAAGAAAAAAAUCGCAAAAGUUGAAAAAAAAA